AUGACCCGGUUUACCUUAGUCAGUACUAUAUUGCUGGUUGCAGCUAUUGCCUCUGCCUCAAUAGGUGUACCGCCUCCCGAGUCUGAGCCCAUCGAGGUUGUCGAGCUGCCUCUGCCUCCCGUCUCGGCUGACUCCGCUUCAGGUUCAUGUAACUCCACCAUCAACCCACAUGGCACCGGCUGCGUGGCCCAGAUAGGUGGUGGUUCUACCACCGAGACCAUCGGUAUCCUAGCACAGGGCAACUUCCUCCCCGAUGGCAAGCAUGUGAUCGCCAUGGUCACCUUCGUGGGAGCCCCUGAAGCUCCUGACCCUGCAAGUAUCUAUGCCGGGGAGCAGAUCAUUAUCGUUAAGACAGAUAACUCAACUUUUCCUAACGGCGAUCCCUGGAAGUGCCUCACUUGCGGUAUUCCCGUCCUCAACGCCGCCAGUAGAACGGACCUCCUCGACUACCCGCAGGCCUUCAGCGACGGCAAGCGUAUCCUCGCUGGCGACAAUGUUAUCGACUGCGGUGAUCACAAGCUCACUAGCCCCGAGUGCACCCCUGACACCAUUUUCAUGUUUCCUAUCCGCUGGGAAACAUCUGCCGAUGGCAAAGGCGAGGGCGGCGCUAUCCGCGAGCUCCGUCUCCACCCCGACAGUGUCCACCUCGGAUUCAGCUCCUUCUAUAGCAACAACGGAAAGAUGGGCCAGUCUGCCUAUUUUUCCCGGCUCCAAUUCAACCCCGCGCCCUUAACAGGCUUGCCAUUGGCCCCCCGUUACGACCUCGUCAACGUGACUCGCCUGGCUGAUAUCAAUAGCAUGCAGCCUCUCUCAGUCGAUGGCGAUGAGCUGCGCGUGAACUUCAGCGCCAUCACUGUUGGUGAGCUCCGCGGAUUCUCCGGCAGGGGUCACGAGGCCAUCUACAUCGGUUUCCCCUGGGAGUCUUCCAACAUUGACGCCUUUGCUAUUCACCUGCAGACCGGAAAAAUCCGCCGUCUAACCAAUCACCCGGAGUAUGUCGACCCUAUCCACUUCUCACCCGAUGACGAGUGGUUUGUUAUCGAGGAUACACGCGGUUCUGGCCGCCAGAUGUUCAUGGUUGGCAUGCGCGGUAUUCCACCUCUCACCGAUUUAGUGAGUACCAGCGUGACCACCGCAACGCGCAACAACGGCCCUCGUCUCUUCUUUCAGCCCUUCCUCCUCGACCACUAUGGUGACCGUGGUGACUACUUUGGCCAGAAGCUCAAUGGACCUGGUCGAGGCGUUCCAGGAAGUGGGGAUGUCAACGAUCCUGAGUGGAACGCAAUGGCCGAGCCCAGAUGGAGUCCUGAUGGGACUCAAAUUGUAUAUUGGCAGGCACAAACCAUCUCUCCUCAAUAUGAUGGUCGCAAUCCCCUGCCAUGCUACCCAUCUACUGCACCUGGAGGCAGGACAUACCGUCUAAUGAAGGCCAAGCUCGCCAGCCGGACGCCUAAGAAUCUCCCACCUGUUGAAGAAGCAUGUGAUGUGAUCCCGUGGGGGGACCCCUACGUUCCAGGAAGUCUCCAACGGGGCCCUGACAAGCCUGGCACGGGCGAUUAUACCCUCAAGGGUGAAGUCGCGGGCUAUGCCAACGUGAGCCUCGUCAACCAAGAGGGAAACACUUCUACUUCGAUUGAUACUGUUGCAGUGAUCUACCAUAAUUACUCAGAUGAUGGAAUAACCUUCAUCAAUGGUUGGGAGAACGUGACUUCUCGUUCUCUGUCACCUACUAUAAACCAUGUUGACUGGUACUCGGACCUGGUGCAGACAGGUGAGGAUGAGUACCUUGCUACCAAGAAGACUAGCCCUGAUGGUUUCCACCUGGAGCUAGACGUGCUGAGAAACCUUUUCAAUGCAAAUGGCACACUUACCACAACCAUCAGUGGAGAGGUCUAUGAGCAGCCCUUGAACAAUACUUAA